GCUGGGAGGCGCCUGCCGCUAACAAAAGCCGGCGGCGGGGCUGCCCGGCGGCCUCCCUCCCUGCGUCCCUGCCCGGCAGCAACAAGUGGCUGGCGGCGGCUUCCCGGGGGGGAGGCAGCCGAGCUGCGAGGAGAAGGAGGAGGAGGAGACGGAGGAGCCCCCGCGGACGGCGGCGGGGCCCCGUGGAUUACAACUGGAGCCGGCCAGGAGCUGGGGGGAGCCGGGGGGCGCCGCUCCCCUGCCCAUGUCCCUGCCCCUGCCCGCGGUGGCCAUGGUGCGCGGCGGGCAGCGGCGGCGGCGGCGGCGGGCAUGAAGCCGGCGGGAUGGGCGCAGGCAACGGCAAGCAGUACGGCAGCGAGGGCAAAGGCAGCUCAAGCAUCUCAUCCGACGUGAGUUCAAGUACAGAUCACACGCCCACCAAAGCCCAGAAAAAUGCAGCUACCAGUGAAGACUCCGACCUGAGCAUGCGGACGCUCAGCACGCCCAGUCCAGCAUUGAUAUUCCCACCGAAUACCCAGGGUUUCCAGAAUGGCCGAGGCUCGUCUACUUCGUCAUCCUCAGUCACUGGGGAGACUGUUGCCAUGGUCCACUCGCCGCCUCCCACCCGCCUCACUCAUCCCCUCAUCCGGCUGGCGUCCAAGCACCAGAAGGAGCAGGCCAACGUAGACCGGCUGCCCGAUCACUCCAUGAUCCAGAUCUUCUCCUUCCUGCCCACCAACCAGCUGUGCCGCUGUGCCCGCGUGUGCCGCCGCUGGUACAAUCUCGCCUGGGACCCACGGCUCUGGAGGACUAUACGCCUGACCGGCGAGACGAUCAACGUAGACAGGGCUCUUAAAGUGCUGACCCGGAGGCUUUGUCAGGAUACACCCAACGUAUGUCUCAUGUUGGAGACGGUAAUUGUUAGUGGCUGCAGGCGGCUCACAGACAGAGGACUCUACACCAUUGCCCAGUGCUGCCCAGAACUGAGGAGGCUGGAGGUGUCCGGCUGUUACAACAUCUCCAACGAGGCGGUCUUCGAUGUCGUGUCACUGUGUCCGAACCUGGAACACCUGGAUGUGUCAGGCUGCUCCAAGGUAACAUGCAUCAGCCUGACUCGCGAAGCCUCCAUCAAGCUGUCUCCCUUGCACGGGAAGCAGAUCUCCAUCCGCUACCUGGACAUGACGGACUGCUUUGUCCUGGAGGACGAAGGCCUGCACACCAUCGCCGCGCACUGCACCCAGCUGACCCACCUCUACCUGCGCCGCUGCGUCCGCAUCACCGACGAGGGUCUCCGCUACCUGAUGAUUUACUGCACGUCCAUUAAGGAACUGAGCGUGAGCGACUGCCGCUUCGUCAGUGACUUCGGCAUGCGGGAGAUCGCCAAGCUGGAGUCGCGCCUGCGAUACCUGAGCAUCGCUCACUGCGGGCGGAUCACCGACGUGGGCAUCCGCUACAUCGCCAAGUACUGCAGCAAGCUGCGCUACCUCAAUGCGCGGGGCUGCGAGGGCAUCACGGACCACGGCGUGGAGUACCUCGCCAAAAAUUGCACAAAACUCAAAUCGCUAGAUAUUGGCAAGUGCCCUCUGGUCUCAGACACCGGCCUGGAGUUUCUAGCCCUCAACUGCUUCAACCUGAAGCGCCUGAGUCUGAAAUCAUGUGAGAGCAUCACUGGGCAAGGCCUGCAGAUUGUGGCCGCCAACUGUUUUGACCUGCAGAUGUUGAAUGUGCAGGACUGCGAUGUGUCUGUGGAUGCUCUGCGAUUUGUAAAACGACAUUGCAAGCGCUGUAUUAUAGAGCACACCAACCCUGCCUUCUUCUGAAAGGAUACCACACACCCGUUGUUGCAAUGCAGUAUUAAAAACACUGAUGUAUAAACACAUGCUCCCAUAUUCGGUAAUGCUGUUUUUUCUAUAGCUCACGGGAGUCAGCUUUUCUUGUAUGUUGUUGGUGGGGGGGUUUCUAGAGGACUAUUUUGUUUGCUUUUUGUAUGAUCACUUUUUAAGGUGCGGUGGGUCUCCGUCGAGAGGCUGCCUUAAUGCAAAAGCAGUGAGUGCUCGGCAUCCCUGUCGGGGUGCCAUUUCCUUAACAGCCGCAAUCUUGUCCCAGGCUAAAGUAGCUACCUCCAAAGGAAAUAGCACGUAAUCCUCCUUUGGAAAGGCUACCAAGCUGUGUCAAAUGCAUCUGAAUUCCAGCUGUGCUCUUGAAGCUGACUAUGCAAUAUGUGUCUGUGUUCCCCAACUUCUUCCAACAGGGCUGAUAAAGCAUCCCCUUAUCUCCAAGUAGUUUCUCCUUGGUAGCCAAUCAUUGUAACCCCUCAGGAAAUACUGGGUGAUGUUCUUAAAUACACUUCACAGAGGCAGAAAAAGACCUGCUGGUCACUGCCAAGCACUCUGCGGAGUGAACCUGGAGAUUGUGCCCAGGCAUGGUUUCUUCUGGAAAGCUCACUUCAGGUCACUCGUGCAUCAUCACUACUUGCCUUCAACUCUAGAUCUGCCUCUCCUGCAUGUGCAGUACCACCCUCUGGUAGCAGACGGGCUGCAGGGUCUGAUAAGCAGUGACGUUUUCACCUUAGUGAAGGAAAAUAGAGAGAUUGAUGGCCCGGCAAGGGGAAAAGCCAGCAAAUCCACCCAGAAAGCCACUGUAAUUCUGCAUCAGGCUAAGCUAGUGCUGUAGUACACCAGGGACCCUGAGGUGCUGUGGAGAGCUUUGCACAAGGCAGUCCCAGUCACUGCACUGUGCUGCCGCCGCCAGAAAGUCUGCCUUUAUUCCUUCAUGGUACCUCUUCAGCACCCAUGGCACCACUGCAGCUGAUGUUCCCUGAGCAAACCAGGCACCUGCAUUGAGCUGUGUUCAAUACGUGCUUUAGUACAUGUGGAAACCUGACCCUUUUCUGUGGCCUUACAGUUCAACAGAUAGCUGAUCUUGAGACUUCAAAGGCGUUAGAUAACACCCUGGGGGAGAGAAGGGCUUGGAAUGUUAUUCACAUGAUAGGUUUAAAUUUCGUGACUCCUUCUCUGUGCAUGUUCCCAUAAGCUGGAGAAAAGCUGCUGUUCAACAUGGCAUCAUGGUGCCAGCUUUGCCCUGUGACACUGGAAGCCCAUUGUACUCUCAUGGUCACUCUUGCUCAUGCAAGAGCACGUGUGGCUGGGAGCUUCCCCCAUCUGCUGCCUCCUUCCCCAGAGCACACGGUCAUUUCAUGGUUACUUUCUUCACAGUUUUCUGGCAGCCGUUUCUCUGCAUUUUCACAUGUAAUGCUCAGAUCUGAAAGCCAGACAUGUAAGGGGUGAUGAUAUUUUCAGGGAGGCCCCCUGUGCGUGACUGACAGGUGAAUUCAUACAUUCAGCUCAAAUGCUAUAAAUGUCUUGGUAGAGAACAUAAGAAGGGAAGCACCGUGUCUGGUUUUCAUAAGCAGUAGUUCCAUCAUCUCCAGACAACACUAAUAAAAUCAUUGAUAUGAAGUGAAAAUCCAUAUGCUCGUGAAAAAUACAUAAUUGCUGAGGAAAUACUUGUAGCAAUGCUCUCUCAGAUUACAAAAAAGCAGUGCUUUGGACAUGUCCCUGCAGAGGGAACUUGUCCUUCUUGGGCAAAGAGUCCUGUAAUGUAUCUAUGUUCCUCCAAUUUUGAGUUUCUUAACUUAUGGGAUGUCAUCACCUCUGAAUUAUAAAUAAGGUUAUCCUAAAGCAAGGAGGGCCAAGGAAAAUGAAUUUGUCAUUGCUACUAUUACUGGCCAGUGGCUAGCAGGGGGUGAUAUCGUCCUUUGAGGAGUUAACAUCACUUUAGUUUUCCUUUCUGUAUUUUUAAAAUUAGAGAUUCUUCUCCAGCAAGUAUUACAGUAUAUUUAUCCGAGCCAGCUAUACUCUCUGUUUAUCCUUUAUCUGAAAAUGGCCCCCAAAAUAGUAAAUGUUGAGCCCAUUCCUGAAGAUGGUGGGAUUUUGAGCCAUUUGCACUCAUGAAAUAUAAGGCCUCAUUAGUAACAUUUAACUUUUUAAUAAUAAUUAAAAAAGUAAAAAAGCUACUUUUCUGGCUACGAUAAAUUGAAUGAAUAGUGCUACAUGGUUUUAAAGGUUUCUAAUGUUUAAAUUGGCCUGUACUGUACAAAUCUCACUAAAAAGCCUUAAUUUGCUACCAAGAAAUAAAGCAAUAUAUUGGUAACUAUGA